UCUUAACGAGAACACGACUCGCCUUGUUGUGUGUAUUCCCGUGCUCGCAUCGCCAUCUUGUUGCAAUCCUAUUUUUACGUAUGCGAGGAUCUACUUUCCGCUCGGCUGGAUUGGAAGCUGUCGGUGUGCGCUCCGGUCAGACGCAGGGGACGGAGAGCCUCGGGUCUGCAGGUGUGAACCGUGCACACGGAGAAUCCCAGCGGGACACUAACUUAGUCCUCGGUCUUUUCCUCCUUCCGUCCCCGGGGCCACCGGGUCGCCUGCCGUGAGGCAUUAACAUUACGCGCAAUGAGCAUCGACACACUUUUGGAGGCGGCCAGAUAUCUGGAAUGGCAAGCCCAGCAACAACAGACCACACGUGAAGAAGAGACUCUCAAAGAGAAGGAACACAUCCGGAGGGAAGCGGAGUCAAAGUGCGUGGAGCUCGUGACGUCUCAGCCCGUCAGAGUCAACCACGUCACCUGGGGAGAUGACGCCCACCGCCAGCAGCCGCAGCGCCCCCCCCGCCCCCCCCCCCCCCCCCCCCCUCCGUCUCUGCCGCCCCAGCCGCUCCCCAUCGCCGUCAUCCCCAUGGUCCCCGUCGUCGCCGCCGCCGCGCCCUCGGUCCCCGCCGUCCCCCUCGCCACGCAGAUCGCCGCCGCCGCCACCACGCUCAACGGCACGGCGACGGCCAAGGGCGCGUCCUCGCUCCCGCAGCACCAGUCGUCCUCGCGCCACCUGCUGUGCGCCCCCCAGAUCAAGCUGGAGGCGGGCGCGCAGCCGAUCGAGGUGAAGCCGGGCCUGCCGCAGCCCCAGGUCCAGGUGCAGUACUCCGCCUCCAUCAGCACUAAUGGCUCCGGCUCCCAGCAUGCACUGCUGCCCCAUCAAGCCACGCCGACGGCUCAGCUACGGCCGAACGGAGUCACGAUGGAGGACAUGAGGGCCAUGGAAGGGAAGAGGAGGCCAGGAGGAGCGGGAACCAGAGAGGUGCACAACAAACUGGAGAAGAACAGGCGAGCUCACCUCAAAGAGUGUUUUGAGACCCUGAAGAAGAACGUUCCCAACGUUGAUGAGAAGAAAACCUCCAAUCUCAGCGUUCUUCGCAGCGCCCUGCGCUACAUUCAGACCCUGAAGCGUAAGGAGAAGGAGUACGAGCAUGAGAUGGAGCGUCUGGCCAGAGAGAAGAUCUCCACUCAGCAGCGCCUGGCUGAGCUCAAGAACGAGCUCAGCCAGUGCAUGGACGCCGUGGAGAUCGACCGAGUGCUCCGACAGACCAUCCAGCCGGAGGACGACCAGGCGUCCACGUCCACCGCAUCAGAGGGAGAAGACAACUUCGAGCAGGACAUUGAUGAGGAUGCCGCCGCCCCCCCUGCUCCCACGCCCCUCCCCAAGCCGACGCCUCCCAUUUUACAAGCCCAGGCGCUGCUCGCCCCUCACCUGUCCAUCCAGCACCCCACCUUGCCUCUGGCCGGAGUCCUGACGGCGUCCUCCCCCUCGGCCGCCCCCCCGCCUCAGGCCAUCGCCCCGGCGCCGCUCCCGGGCCAGCCCCCCCCUAUAGCGUCGGCCGUGCAGGUCCAGCCCACCGUCAUCGCUCACUCGGCCGUCUCCCACGCCUCCGUCAUCCAGGCUGUCAAUCACAAGCACCUCGCUCACAUCGCGCCGUCGCCGGGCCCCGCUUCCGCUCAGCCCAUGUCAGUGGCUCCGGCCGCGGCGGCCGCUCACACGCCGAUAGCCGCUCAGCCCAUUGGACACAUCACUGUCCACCCGGUGGCCCACCUGGGGCCCUCCCACCUGCCGACUCUUUACCCCCAGGGCGUGGCGGUCUCCCAGCCCACCGUGGUGGGCCACAUCACCCACACCUUCACCCAUCACACCCUGCCCCACGUGCAGGCUAAUCCUCAAGCUAACACUAACGGAGCCCAGGUGAACAGCGCCACCGUGGUCGGCCAGGGCAGCCCAUCGCUGGGGAAGCCCACAGCGGUGCUGGCCCCGCAUCCGCAGCUGGUCGGACAGGCUGCGGUCCUCAACCCCGUCACCAUGGUUACGGUCCCAACCUUUCCUGUCAGCACACUCAAACUGGCCUGAGAGUUCAGUUGACAACGGGUGUGAUGGACAAGAGUCGGAGGGGGAAUUCUGAACGCGUUUCCACGUGAAAAUGAACAAAAGCAUCAUCAGCUGUUUUCUGGAAAACGUGGUGAGUGUCUUUAGAGAUGUUGUGGUCACAGCUCUGUUUGUGAACAGUAACGUUAGAACAGAGCCACCGAGGCAGGCCAUUGUUUGUGAAAAUAAGACUGUGACAUUUGUCUCUGCUGCAAGGACAGGAAAUCAGUUGUACCUUUCUUCCUGUUCUUCCCUUCCUCCUCCUCCACAACCAGAAGCACUAACAUAAUAAGCUUGGUUCACUCUCAGGCAUCUUAGGAUUUCUCUUAACUCUCGAUUCACUCUUGAGACAAACCAAGACGCUGGCGUUCGACUGAGACUGUCUGUGCCCGUCGUGAUGUCAGGAGGAAAAGUGGGCGUUUGGGAGCAGGGAGAGGUUCUGUGGUCUGACGCAGGGCAUUGAUGCUACAUGGCCACUGAAGCAGAGUUAAAGCACUGAUGUGGUUUUAUCAGUAAUACUGCAGUUCCAUGACAUGGUUCCACAGAUCCAUUACUUGAGUUAUUUAUUCCGUGUCCAAUUCCUCUGAUCUUCCUCUGAAUAAGGCAAAAGGAUAAGCAAUUAAUGAAACUGGAUAUAGUGGAGGAGGACUGAAGCUCCUUGUCUUUGUAUACAGUUCUUGUUCUGAUGUGCGCAUGUAACAAGGCAGUCGACAGUUCAUCCACUAAUCCUUACUCCCUUGUUUUGAGGGCAACUCCAAAUGCAGGACUCCAGCCACAAUUGGCUGGUUGAACGGAGACCAACUAGGACAAAGCCCGGUUAGCUUUCAUAUUAACAUACAGUCGCAUCUCUUAUUGUUUGAUCCAUGGAGUCGUAACACAUUUGCUCAGAUGCAAGAUUUAGAUGUAGGAGCCUGAGAAACAAGUUUGGCAGCUUGGUCGUUUCAGGGCUCUUGAGUCGUGUCGGACUCUGGGUCAUCUCACUCUGCUGAGCUGUGGGGACAUCCUGAAGAAGUCAGUGGUGACCGGUCUCCUUUGAUGAAGGUUUCCAUCCUCUCCUUUCUAAUGCAACAGCUCCCUCUGCUGCCUCGUCCCGUACCUCAUACACAGCAAAGAAUUCCCGCACAGGCUUUUACUACCCAUGAGCAUGGAAACUCUUCACUCUUGACCUUUUUUUUCUUUUUUAACUAACAAUGAACUUUUUUUAAACUUAAAAAGUCAGCACAAGGUUUGCAUUUAUGUUCCACCUUAAAUUAACGAGAGAACACCUGUUCCAAAAAAAAAAAAUCAAGUGUAAGUGGGGAGUGUGUCACGAUGCCCACAUUAACUGGUUUGUCUUUGGCGUCUGUGUUUUUGCGCACAUACUGAACGGGUUCACAGCCUUCUUGCCAGCCUCCACAUUAACUCUCACGGUGUAUGUAGUCAGUGUCGCGUGUAUCUGCUCCCUCGCCUCUUUUGCAGAUUCUCUGUUAUGUGUCCGUGUAUGUGACUGUGUGCAGUAUGUUUUAUAUUAUGUACUAUAGUUAUUCCUACUGUACUUGUAGCAUGGCUCAUUCUUUGGUUACACAGUUUGCCUGUGCAUGAUUGUGUGUGUGUGUGUGUGUACGUGUGUGUGUGUGUGUGUGUGUACGUGUGUGUGUGUGUGUACGUGUGUACGUGUGUGUGGCAAGCAAGCUACAGUUUUGUUUUUUUUGUUUAAACACAGGUGAUUUAUGGUAUAAACCCUUUUGGGUGCUAUCGUGUGUGCCUAUACUCAGUUUUCCUAAACACUGUGACACCUCUGGCAAAACACGGACACAUUUAGCGAAUAGAAGAGACAAAGAUUUACUGUCAGUUUUUUUUUGUUUGUUUUAAAAUUUCCCUUUUGUGAGUUGGACUGAGACAGAAUGGAAUAAGUGGAAAAACAAAAAGGUUGUUGCUCUUUUCUUGAUAAUAUAAUGUCUGAUAUUCAAUUUGAGAUUUGUAAUAUUUGUAUGUGUAUGAAAGUUUUGUAAAUUUGUGAUCGUAUGCACGUUUUGGCAUAUGAGUGUAUGUAUUCAAAAUUUUUAAGUGCUUGUGUUUUUUUUUGUUUUGCAUGUAGAUUGCCAUUUAGUUUCUUUUUGUUUAAGUUUUUUGGGGACCAUGUACAAUACUGUAUAACGUGGGCAGGAUCUUGGACCUCAUGCUACAUUGAUAUUAUAUAUGAAUAUAAAAACAUGUUUUCCCUAUGGAGAAAGUUUUAAGUUAUAUAUCGCCUGUACACUUUGGGCUGCCUUUUAGAUCUAACUGUCCACUGUUAAAGAUAACAAUGAUGAUAAUGGAUAAAACAUAUUAAUGAUGAAGAGUUAUGCUGAUGAAAUAAUAAAGAUUCUUAAUAAAUCUUAUUACAUUUACAACA